UUGAAGCAGAAGUUUAUAAAGGAACGUGCGAAUCAAGAAUUCUUGUUCAAGAAGAUUUGCAGCUACCACCACCCUUUCUCUAUACACACCGAUAUAUAUAUAUAUAUGUGUGUGUGUGCGUGUUGGUUGAAAUAAAAAAGUUAGUUAAAGUGUCUUAAAAAGUUGUUGCGCAAUAUAUAUACAUACAAGUGUUAGUAAGUGUAGACAUCAUUGGUUAGAAUGGGAGGAGGAGAAGAGGCCUCCAGUUCUGCACCGCCGGAAAAAGAAGGGCAGACGGUGCCGUUUCACCGGCUGUUCGCCUUUGCUGAUUCUGUGGAUAAACUGCUGAUGAUAGUUGGUUCAGUGGGUGCGGUUGGGAAUGGAUUGUGUAUGCCUCUUAUGACAAUCUUUUUUGGGGAACUCAUUGAUUCUUUCGGCCAAAACCAAACCGAUAACGACGUCGUUUCCGUUGUCUCUAAGGUUGCACUUAAGUUCGUGUAUUUGGCUAUAGGAUGUGGCGUAGCAGCAUUUCUUCAGGUGGCAUGCUGGAUGAUCACCGGAGAAAGGCAGGCUGGCAGAAUUCGGAGUCUAUAUCUGUCAACAAUUUUGAGGCAAGAUGUUGCUUUCUUUGAUAAGGAAAGUAAUACAGGAGAAGUGGUUGGAAGAAUGUCUGGUGACACUGUGCUUAUUCAAGACGCCAUGGGUGAGAAGGUUGGCAAGUUUCUUCAAUUAGUCUCAACAUUCUUGGGAGGUUUUGUGAUCGCCUUCAUUAAAGGAUGGCUUCUCACCCUCGUCAUGUUAUCAUCCAUUCCUCUGAUGGUUGUAUCGGGAGGCGUCAUGUCUCUUUUCCUGUCCAAGAUGGCAUCCCGCGGCCAAGAAGCGUAUGCUAAGGCCGCCACUUUAGUUGAACAGACCAUUGGCGGAAUCAGAACGGUUGCGUCAUUUACUGGGGAGAAGCAAGCUGUGGAUGACUACGACAAGUCCCUCGUCAAGGCCUAUAAAUCGGGGACGCACGAAGGGCUGGCCACUGGGCUGGGGCUUGGAUCAUUUAUGUUCAUCAUAUUUGGCAGUUAUGCUUUGGCUAUCUGGUACGGUGGCAAGCUGAUCUUGGAGAAGGGAUACACAGGUGGUGAGGUGAUCAACGUGAUCACCGCCGUGCUCACUGGUUCCAUGUCUCUUGGACAAGCAUCGCCUUGCAUGUCGGCGUUUGCUGCGGGGCGAGCAGCAGCGUUCAAGAUGUUUGAGACCAUAAAGAGGAAGCCCGAGAUAGAUGCAUACGACACAAGUGGGGUGAUACCAGAAGACAUCCGUGGGGAUAUAGAGUUUAGAGACGUGCAUUUCAGUUAUCCGGCUAGGCCUAACGAGCAGAUAUUCAGAGGGCUGAAUCUAUCGAUUUCGAGUGGUCUGACAGUGGCUCUGGUUGGGCAGAGUGGGAGUGGGAAAUCAACUGUGAUAAGUUUGAUAGAGAGGUUCUAUGACCCUGAACACGGUGAAGUUGUGAUUGAUGGGAUAAAUCUGAAGCAACUCCAGCUCAAGUGGAUUAGGUCCAAAAUAGGGCUUGUGAGUCAAGAACCUGUGCUUUUCACAGCCAGCAUUAAAGAGAAUAUUGCAUAUGGCAAGGAUGGUGCAACAGUUGAGGAGAUCAAGGCAGCAGCAGAGCAGGCCAAUGCUGCUAAAUUCAUCGAUAAACUGCCCCAGGGACUUGAUACCAUGGUAGGUGAACACGGAGCUCAGCUUUCGGGUGGACAGAAACAACGAGUAGCCAUAGCUAGAGCGAUAUUGAAGGAUCCGAGGAUCCUACUGUUGGAUGAGGCUACAAGUGCACUGGAUGCAGAAUCAGAAAGAGUUGUGCAGGAGGCAUUAGACAGAAUCAUGGUGAACAGAACAACUGUGGUUGUGGCACAUCGAUUGAGCACAGUCAGGAAUGCCAAUACUAUUGUUGUCAUUCACCAAGGCAAGGUCGUUGAGAAAGGGACACAUUCGGAACUACUUGAAGACCCUCAAGGGGCGUAUUCUCAGCUCGUACGCUUGCAAGAAGUAAACAGAGACGACGCAGACAAAGAAAGACCAGACACCAGCCUCAAUUUGGAGAGUCGAAAUAUGUCACUCAAACGUUCCAUAAGUCGAGCCUCGUCUAGCAGCCGUCAUCAUUCAUUGUCAUUCACAAUUGGUCUGCCUACAACAACAACAACAACAACAAUACUCGAUGUCACAGAAUCUUCUGCACAAGACAAAUCACAUCUUAAGCCAAAAGUCCCCCUCCGACGCCUUGCCUAUCUCAACAAGCCAGAGAUACCUGUUCUCAUAGCAGGAGUCGUCUUCGCCAUUAUCAAUGGCGCCAUAAUGCCAAUCUUCGGCAUACUAAUAUCGAGUGCCAUCGAAUCAUUCUACCAACCUCCAAGCGAACUGCGCAAGGAUUCCAAGUUCUGGGCCAUCAUAUUCAUGGUCCUCGGGGUGGUGUCGCUGAUUGCGUAUCCAGCAAGGACGUAUCUCUUCGGCGUGGCAGGGAACAAGCUGAUCAGGAGAAUCAGGCUGAUGUGCUUCGAGAAGGUGGUGAACAUGGAGGUGGGGUGGUUUGAUGAGGGGGACCACUCCAGUGGGAUGAUCGGAGCGAGGCUCUCUGCUGAUGCUGCUACCGUGAGAGCUCUGGUUGGUGACGCGCUUGCGCAGAUUGUUCAAGAUUUUUCCUCAUUAGUUGCGGGGGUAGCCAUUGCCUUCGAAGCAAGCUGGCAGUUAGCCCUAAUCGUCCUCGUCAUGCUGCCUCUCAUAGGGGUCAACGGGUAUGUGCAGAUCAAGUUCAUGAAAGGCUUCAGCGCAGAUGCAAAGGCUAUGUACGAAGAGGCGAGUCAGGUGGCCAAUGAUGCGGUUGGGAGUAUAAGAACAGUUGCGUCAUUCUGUGCGGAGGAGAAGGUGAUGGAGAUGUACAGAGUGAAAUGUGAAGGGCCUAUGAGCAGUGGGAUUAAGCAGGGAUUGAUUAGUGGAAUAGGUUUUGGCAUAUCCUUUGCCCUGCUGUUUCUCGUCUACGCUACCAGCUUCUACGCAGGAGCUCGUCUCGUUGAGGAUGGCAAGAUCACAUUCUCUGAUGUAUUUCGAGUUUUCUUUGCCCUAACCAUGGCAGCAGUAGCAAUCUCUCAAUCGAGCUCUUUCGCGCCGGAUUCAAGUAAAGCUAAGGUUGCAGCAGCUUCCAUAUUCGCCAUUCUCGAUGGGAAAUCGAAGAUCGAUCCAAGCGAUGAAUCUGGCACCAAACUGGACGUAGUAAAGGGAGAUAUCGAGCUCAAACACGUGAGCUUCAAAUACCCCACGCGCCCCGACGUGCACAUCUUCAGAGACCUCUCUUUGACAAUUCAUGGCGGCAAGACAGUAGCUCUGGUUGGAGAAAGCGGGAGCGGCAAAUCGACGGUGAUAUCUCUGCUACAGAGAUUCUACGAUCCAGAUUCAGGGCACAUAACCCUAGACGGGAUGGAGAUCCGAAAAUUGCAGCUGAAAUGGUUGAGGCAGCAGAUGGGGCUGGUUAGCCAAGAGCCGGUGCUGUUCAACGACACGAUCCGUGCCAACAUAGCGUACGGGAAGGAAGGGGAGGCGACGGAGGCGGAAAUCAUAGCGGCGGCGGAGCAAGCGAAUGCGCACAAAUUCAUAAGCGGGCUGCAGCAGGGGUACGACACGGUGGUGGGGGAGCGUGGGGUGCAGCUGUCGGGGGGGCAGAAGCAGCGCGUGGCGAUCGCGCGUGCCAUCAUAAAGAGCCCUAAGAUACUGCUGCUGGAUGAGGCCACCAGCGCGUUGGACGCCGAGUCGGAGAGGGUGGUGCAGGACGCGCUUGAUCAGGCCAUGCUCAACCGGACUACGGUGGUGGUGGCGCACAGGCUGUCCACCAUCAAGACGGCGGAUGUGAUCGCGGUGGUGAAGAACGGAGUGAUAGCGGAGAAGGGGAAGCAUCAGAGUUUAAUUAGCAUCAAAGACGGAAUUUACGCUUCAUUAGUCGCACUUCACGUCACUGCAGUUAAACACUAAUUUUUUUGCUUUUAUUUUUUUUCAUGCAAUUUUGCAUACAUGUAAACCUUAAGCUUAUACAAAAUGUAAUUUCUGGUGCCAUUAUUAUACUGUAUAAUAUACUUAUGAAACGAUAUAAAAUAAGUGUUCUUUCAUAAAUUA